AUGGUUGGAAAGUCACAGGACAUCCGUGGCUUCUUCCAACGGAGUGCGAAGCCGGAGCCGGAACCGGAGCCGAAAUCACCGUCUCCCCAGACCGUUGUUUCCUCCGAAUCGUCGGCACUUUCUUCAGCCCCGCCAUCGUCCGCCUCACGUGCUUCAACCAAACGAGCCCGCUCCCCAACACCUAUCACGACCUUCCCACCAUCCAAAAGGUCUUGCUCCUCAACCCCAGUAGAUUCUCAUUUCCGCUGCAGCACCCCACCUCGCCAAUCUAACCCGGCCCCUCGGCCCCGCGAUGCAGUCAUCGCCGCCUCAGAUGAUGAAGGAUCGGACUCAUCUGACUCUCUCGAAGACGUGACUGUGAUAUGGCAGCGCGUCAACCCGAACGCUACUGCUGCAGCAACCGUUCGUCCGGUCGUGGCUGCGGCUGUCACCCCUCCGCGGGCAAAGCGGCAUUCAGUUGCUACUACACCCCUCACCAUUCGUGCUAAGCGUAUGAUGGCCGAGAAUCACAAGUACAACUUGGAUGCCCUGAAACGCUUGACCCAGGCAGACUUGGAAGCUGAUGCCAGUCAAAAGAGGGUUUCUGAUCUGCUUCAGAGCAGUCGUGAGAGCAGCCCCGAGCCGGAUGCUUUUGAAGAGCAGCUGGCGAGCUACGAGCCUGGAGAGGACGACAAGGGCAAGGUUGGCAAGCAGAGAAUGCGUACAGCCAUCAAGAGGGUUGAAGCGCAUUCUGCCAGUCAAUGUUACUACUUUUUUGAGCAAAGUCUCAAACCAGCGACUUCGAAGCAGCUAGGGAAGGACAAGUUUCCUACAAAGGUUGCCUCUGGAUGCUGGGAAUUCUUGAAGAACCCAAAACAAAGAUCACAUCACUUUCUGUCUGGUCUGCCACUACAAUUGGCGAAACGACAGCACCAUCUCCCGUCGGAGCUUUUCCUCUGGAUUCUGCGGCAAUUGCCUGCCGAGGAGAACAAAAUGCUUCGUCAUCAGUAUAUUCUCACGGCCGCCGCAGCAGUAGCAAAUACUGAACUGGGGCAUGAGGUUGAUGACGCUCUCCUUCGAGAACUGCUAAAGGGUUUGGGCAGUAAAGCUAAUAGCGUUGACGCGAUGCUUGCGAAGCUUCCUCUCGAGGAUGAACUCAGUGAGCCAUAUCCCAAUGCUGACUGGUCGCAUGUGAUAUCAUUCCUGGAUCUCCUAGCCGCACUAGUUUCGGCAAGGAAACUUGGUGGACCCCCCAGGCUUUCCUUGGCUGCGACUACCAAAGCAACUCAAAUCCUGCUUCGUGUUGGUUUGGACAGGGCGGUUAUGGACAACAUGGAUGUGAUGAACAGCUAUCAUUCCGCUCUCGACUCUCUGCUGGAUAGCGUCCCGGAAGGAGACUGGGACGAUUUCUGCUACGAAGCGAGUAAAUCUUUGUACAGGAGCGUUGAAACCGCCCACCUCCGUUGGCAGCCACUUUCAUAUAUUGUAGGAGAGACCCUCCGCUCGCAUGAUUUCAAGCGCAGACUUGCACUAGUAUUCCUGUUCGAUUCUGUGGCCCGUGCCCGUCAAGCACCAGACGAAUCGACAAAUUUGCUGGCAAUCAUUCACCGUGUGGGAUCAACUUUGAGCAUACGUAACGACACCAACUAUGAAGAGACUGCAGCCUUGCUAAGGCUGCUGAAUAUCGCCAUCGAUGAUGGUUUUGGUCGGACCCGAGAGGAUUUCGACAACCAGGUUGACGAACUUACAGCUGCACUCAAGUUAAUAUGGAGCAACAUCAUUGCAACGGGAGGCGGUCACAGUUCCAGGCUAGAUGCUAAAACGCUGGCCGAAUGGAUCCCAGACAGACUGAAGUAUACUGUACGCACACGACGUCCACCCAAGUCAAAUAUCUACUGUACAGAGGAGGAAAAGCCUGCCGGACAAGACAUCAGGAAAAUGUUUAGUGCAAGAUUGGGGGCGAUUGUAAAACGGGAAGACACAAUUCACGUAAGGACGGAUACCAAGACAGAUAUAGGAUGA